AUGAUUGUGGACUUCAGGAAGAGCACUGUCCCCCCGCCCCCACCCUCCGUGAUGGACUCCCCCAUCACCUCUGUGGAGUCCUUCCGUUUCCUGGGCACCACCAUCACCUCCUCCAUCACCUCCUCCAUCACCUCCUCCAUCACCUCUGUGGAGUCCUUCCGUUUCCUGGGCACCACCAUCACCCAGGACCUCAAGUGGGAGCGACCAUCAGCUCCUCAUCAAGAAGGCCCAGCAGAGGAUGUACUUCCUCCAUCACCUCCUCCAUCACCUCCUCCAUCAAUCAAGAAGGCCCAGCAGAGGAUGUACUUCCUGCGGCAGCUCAGGAAAGCCAAGCUGCAGUUCUACACGGCCAUCAUCGAGUCCAUCCUCACCUCCUCCAUCACCUCCUCAUCACCUCCUCCAUCACCUCCUCCAUCACCUCCUCCAUCACCUCCACCAUCACCUCCUCCAUCACCUCCUCCAUCACCUCCUCCAUCACCUCCUCCAUCACCUCCUCCAUCACCUCCUCCAUCACCUCCUCCAUCACCUCCUGCAUCACCUCCUCCAUCACCUCCUCCAUCACCUCCUCCAUCACCUCCUCCAUCACCUCCUCCAUCACCUCCUCCAUCACCUCCUCCAUCACCUCCUCAUCACCUCCUCCAUCACCUCCUCCAUCACCUCCUCCAUCACCUCCUCCAUCACCUCCUGCAUCACCUCCUCCUCACCUCCUCAUCACCUCCUCCAUCACCUCCUCAUCACCUCCUCCAUCACCUCCUCCAUCACCUCCUCCAUCACCUCCUCCAUCACCUCCUCCAUCACCUCCUCCAUCACCUCCAUCCUCACCUCCAUCCUCACCUCCUCCAUCACCUCCUCCAGCACCUCCUCCAUCACCUCCUCCAUCACCUCCAUCCUCACCUCCUCCAUCACCUCCUCCAACACCUCCUCCAUCACCUCCAUCCUCACCUCCUCCAUCACCUCCUCCAUCACCUCCAUCCUCACCUCCAUCCUCACCUCCUCCAUCACCUCCUCCAUCACCUCCUCCAUCACCUCCUCCAUCACCUCCAUCACCUCCUCCAUCACCUCCUCCAGCACCUCCUCCAUCACCUCCAUCACCUCCUCCAUCACCUCCAUUCUCACCUCCUCCAUCACCUCCAUCACCUCCUCCAUCACCUCCUCCAUCACCUUCUCCAUCACCUCCUCCAUCACCUCCUCAUCACCUCCUCCAUCACCUCCUCCAUCACCUCCACCAUCACCUCCUCCAGCACCUCCUCCAUCACCUCCUCCAUCACCUCCUGCAUCACCUCCUCCAUCACCUCCAUCCUCACCUCCUCCAUCACCUCCAUCCUCACCUCCAUCCUCACCUCCUCCAUCACCUCCAUCCUCACCUCCUCCAUCACCUCCAUCCUCACCUCCUCCAUCACCUCCUCCAUCACCUCUUCCAUCACCUCCUCCAUCACCUCCUGCAUCACCUCCUCCAUCACCUCCUCAUCACCUCCUCCAUCACCUCCUCCAUCACCUCCUCCAUCACCUCCAUCCUCACCUCCAUCCUCACCUCCUCCAUCACCUCCUCCGUCACCUCCUCCAUCACUUCUUCCAUCACCUCCUCCAUCACCUCCUCCAUCACCUCCUCCAUCACCUCCUCAUCACCUCCUCCAUCACCUCCUCCAUCACCUCCUGCAUCACCUCCUCCAUCACCUCCAUCAUCCCUCCUCCAUCACCUCCUCCAUCACCUCCUCCAUCACCUCCUCCUCACACCUCCUCCAUCACCUCCUCCAUCACCUCCUCAUCACCUCCUCCAUCACCUCCUCCAUCACCUCCAUCCUCACCUCCUCCAUCACCUCCUCCAUCACCUCCUCAUCACCUCCUCAUCACCUCCUCCCCUCACCUCCUCCAUCACCUCCUCCAUCACCUCCUCCACCUCCUCCAUCAUCACCUCCAUCCUCACCUCCUCCAUCACCUCCAUCCUCACCUCCUCCAUCACCUCCAUCCUCACCUCCUCCAUCACCUCCUCCAUCACCUCCUCCAUCACCUCUUCCAUCACCUCCUCCAUCACCUCCUGCAUCACCUCCUCCAUCACCUCCUCAUCACCUCCUCAUCACCUCCUCCAGCACCUGCUCCAUCACCUCCUCCAUCACCUCCUCCAUCACCUCCAUCCUCACCUCCAUUCUCACCUACUCCAUCACCUCCUCCAUCCUCACCUCUUCCAUCACCUCCUGCAUCACCUCCUCCAUCACCUCCUGCAUCACCUCCUCCAUCACCUCCAUCCUCACCUCCUCCAUCACCUCCUCAUCGCCUCCUCCAGCACCUCCUCCAUCACCUCCUCCAUCACCUCCUCAUCACCUCCUCCAGCACCUCCUCCAUCACCUCCUCCAUCACCUCCUCCAUCAACUCCUCCAUCACCUCCUCCAGCACCUCCAUCCUCACCUCCUCCAUCACCUCCUCAUCCCCUCCUCCAUCACCUCCUCAUCACCUCCUCCAGCACCUCCUCCAUCUCCUCCUCAUCACCUCCUCAUCACCUCCUCCAUCACCUCCUCCAUCACCUACUCCAUCACCUCCUCCAUCACCUCCUCCAUCACCUCCUCCAUCCCCUCCUCCAUCACCUCCUCCAUCACCUCCAUCACCUCCUCCAUCACCUCCUCCAUCACCUCCUCCAUCACCUCCUCCAGCACCUCCUCCAUCACCUCCUCAUCACCUCCUCCAUCACCUCCUCCAUCACCUCCUGCAUCACCUCCUCCAUCACCUCCUCCAUCACCUCCAUCAUCACCUCCAUCCUCACCUCCUCCAUCACCUCCAUCCUCACCUCCUCCAUCACCUCGUCCAUCACCUCCUCCAUCACCUCCAUCCUCACCUCCAUCCUCACCUCCUCCAUCACCUCCAUCCUCACCUCCUCCAUCACCUCUUCCAUCACCUCCUUCAUCACCUCCUGCAUCAACUCCUCCAUCACCUCCUCCAUCACCUCCAUCCUCACCUCCUCCAGCACCUCCUCCAUCUCCUCCUCCAUCACCUCCUGCAUCACCUCCUCCAGCACCUCCUCAUCACCUCCUCCAGCACCUCCUCAUCACCUCCUCCAUCACCUCCUCCAUCACCUCCUCCAUCACCUCCUCCAUCACCUCCUCCAUCACCUCCUCCAUCACCUCCUCCAUCCUCACCUCCUCCAUCACCUCCUCCAUCACCUCCAUCCUCACCUCCUCCAUCACCUCUUCCAUCACCUCCUUCAUCACCUCCUGCAUCACCUCCUCCAUCACCUCCAUCCUCACCUCCUCCAUCACCUCCUCAUCAGCACCUCCUCCAUCACCUCCUCCAUCACCUCCUCAUCACCUCCUCCAUCACCUCCUCCAUCACCUCCUCCAUCACCUCCUCCAUCACCUCCUCAUCACCUCCUCCAUCACCUCCUCCAUCACCUCCUCCAUCACCUCCUCCAUCACCUCCUCCAUCUCCUCCUCCAUCACCUCCUCCAUCACCUCCUCCAUCACCUCCUCCAUCACCUCCUCCAUCACCUCCUCCAUCACCUCCUCCAUCACCUCCUCCAUCACCUCCUCCAUCACCUCCUCCAUCACCUCCAUCACCUCCUCAUCACCUCCUCCAUCACCUCCUCAUCACCCCCUCCAUCACCUCCUCCAUCACCCCCUCCAUCACCUCCAUCACCUCCUCAUCACCUCCUCCAUCACCUCCUCAUCACCCCCUCCAUCACCUCCUCCAUCACCUCCUCCAUCACCUCCUCCUCCGCUAGACCACGUCUUCAGUCAGACCAGUCAGACCGCGUCUUCAGUCAGACCACGUCUUCACAGUCAGACCACGUCUUCACAGUCAGACCGCGUCUUCAGUCAGACCGCGUCUUCAGUCAGACCGCGUCUUCAGUCAGACCACGUCUUCAGUCAGACCACGUCUUCAGUCAGACCGCGUCUUCAGUCAGACCGCGUCUUCAGUCAGACCACGUCUUCAGUCAGACCACGUCUUCAGUCAGACCACGUCUUCAGUCAGACCGCGUCUUCAGUCAGACCACGUCUUCAGUCAGACCACGUCUUCAGUCGGACCACGUCUUCAGUCGGACCACGUCUUCAGUCGGACCACGUCUUCAGUCAGACCACGUCUUCAGUCGGACCACGUCUUCAGUCAGACCACGUCUUCAGUCAGACCGCGUCUUCAGUCAGACCACGUCUUCAGUCAGACCACGUCUUCAGUCGGACCACGUCUUCAGUCGGACCACGUCUUCAGUCGGACCACGUCUUCAGUCAGACCACGUCUUCAGUCGGACCACGUCUUCAGUCGGACCACGUCUUCAGUCAGACCACGUCUUCAGUCAGACCGCGUCUUCAGUCGGACCACGUCUUCAGUCAGACCACGUCUUCAGUCAGACCGCGUCUUCAGUCAGACCACGUCUUCAGUCAGACCGCGUCUUCAGUCGGACCACGUCUUCAGUCAGACCGCGUCUUCAGUCAGACCGCGUCUUCAGUCGGACCACGUCUUCAGUCAGACCACGUCUUCAGUCGGACCACGUCUUCAGUCAGACCACGUCUUCAGUCAGACCGCGUCUUCAGUCAGACCGCGUCUUCAGUCAGACCACGUCUUCAGUCAGACCACGUCUUCAGUCGGUCCGCGUCUUCAGUCAGACCACGUCUUCAGUCAGACCGCGUCUUCAGUCAGACCACGUCUUCAGUCAGACCACGUCUUCAGUCAGACCGCGUCUUCAGUCAGACCACGUCUUCAGUCAGACCACGUCUUCAGUCAGACCGCGUCUUCAGUCAGACCACGUCUUCAGUCAGACCACUGACCUGA